GCAUAAAGGGAGUUGUAUAAAUGCGGCGCGGAUUGUUCAGUCCUUUACAUUACUAGGUACCGGUGAUCCUCUAGCUCUGCAUAUUGAAGGAUCUGCUCCUUGAUCGGUUAACAUACAUCUGAUCGAAAUGAAACUGUGGCUAGCUAGUGUAUGCGCUCUCCUCGUUUCGCUUUCAACUGUUCUAGCUCUCAAAUGCCAAGAAUGUGCAGACAUCUCAGGAUACCCAUCAUCAUUCAGUUCGUGCACCAGUCAGGAUAUCAAAUCCAUCGAAUGCACUUCUCCAGGCUUUGAUAGCUGUAUGACUUUCAAAAUGACCGUGCAAGUACCUGGGGAAGAUCCACUCAACGCAGAGAUGAGGAAUUGCAGCUCCAGGAGCUUGUUUUGUGACAAGAACAGCAACCUCGAUUUGUGCAAACUUACCAACGACAGUACUGGUGGCAUAUUGACUGCUUGUUCCACAGUCUGCUGUGAAGGUGACAUGUGUAACAUAGAUCCUGCCCGCCCUUGGAGUCUUCGAGGAUUACUUCGCGGAUUAAACUAAAUGAAAUUGACAAUUUGUGAUUUUUAAUAAAUUUCCAAGUCAUGAUAUUUUUGUAGAAUAAAUGUUCUCCACAUCAAUUUUUAGCAGUAAAGUACAAGAUUAAUUGUAAACGCCUCUGCCACGAAGAGGGAAAUAAUGAUAGAAAUAGUAUUUUUAGAAAAUAAUUUUUAUAAGGACUUUGGCAAAGCGAAUAGAAAUAAAAAGACACCUUAUUGCA